AAUCUUGAUUGCGUUGGGUGCUGCAAGCUGAAGACUCGUGGCGUUAUUCGUGACAAUGUAAUCCAUAUAAUCGGAGGUCCUUACGAAAUCAAGUCUCCGUAAGCAUGCGGGUGUGUUCGUUAGCAACCGACGUCAGUGUAUGUGUGUGUGUGUGAGCGUCUGUGUGUUUUGAUAUAAGUUCCCUGCGGUAGAUGAGUGAAUUCACUGUAACAGACGACUGAUAAGAUAAGAAGGACUGCCAUCCUAUUCGAACGGGUUGGUUGGUGCUGAGUUUGAUAUAUAAUAUUUUUAUAAUUUUCCCCAUCAAUUUCGUUCAAUAUGUACUUUAUUUGUGUGGCUCGGUAGUAGCCAUGCUCGUUUCAUAGUCGCAAUGAGAUGUUCCCGUGACUCGGCCAAAGUGUUACGGAGCGGUAGUGAAAACGGUUGCCUCGGAUUUGACCAGCUCAACGAUCACAGUUUAAACCGUACUCGCAACGUGUUCCAGUGCAAAGGUGAUACAUUGGUGCAAUUUUGUUACGUGAUAAUAGUGAGCGAAUAAAUUAUAAUUCUCCUAAUAUGAAAAUGGCGGUGAAUAUGCUGACCAUCAGCGCUUCCUCCGAUGCCAACAAUAAUAGCAUAGCCACCAGUUGCCAUAACGUGAAUGCGGUGUCCGCCGGCAUCGGUGCCAGUAUUUCUUCGACCGCCACCGGAAGUUGUGGAACUGGACUGACGCAGAAGAUGGAAUCGAGAGACUCGAAAGACAGCACGCCAAAGUCCGGAACGGGAUCACCGGAACAUCAAGUUCAGCCACCUUCGUCUCGAACUCCUCAGCUACAUCAACAGCAGGAGCAACAUCAACAGCAACAACCACUGCAGGAAAUCGAAGUGCAAGAGAUUGUGGUGCCGGCUGAAAUGACAAACAGUGAUGGUCAAUCACCUGCACUACCAACUGCCGUUAUCAUCAAUCAGCAUAAACAUAGAAUGAUAACAACAACGGGUGAGAUUGCAGAAACCAGUGAUGGACACCCGGUGGAUGGUCCGGAAUAUGAAAACGUGGAAUACCAUCAAGCGGUUACUACGGUAACGACCGCAACAGGACAUGCAUUUGCAUAUGAACAAACUCCCACUAGUCAGAGCAAUAGCGUGGCAGCAUCGCCGCAGUAUCUCAAACGUGAAUCAAGCAUGGAAAAGGAGCGUUUGGUGGGUAACGAUGGUCAUAUCCAGAUUCCCGUUCAGACUCAAACUAUAUUCGUCGAGUACAAGAAUGACAUCGAAGAACCCGUUCGUUACGGGAAUCCAGCACUGCAACGAUACGAGGACCUAAAGUACUCGACUCGUUACGUGCAAUUCCCGCAACACCACCCAGGCUUACAAUUGGCUUCUCACCACCACUCUCAUCAUCCGGCACAGCAUUUGCAUGCGCCAACGGCUCAACAACAGCAACAACAACAUCAUUCUCAUCAAGAAGUAGAAGUUCCAAUAAAAUCCGAACAAUUGGACCAUCAACAACAUCAUCAUCACCAUCACCAACAGCAACAACAGCAACAGCAGCAGCAACAGCAACAACAACAACAACAUCAACAGCAUCAGCACCAUUUGGUUCAAUCACAACUCCAACACCACCAUCAAUCGACGGUUCAAUCACAGCAACAGCAACCGCAGCAGCACACCAUCCAGAUAUACGAGGCACCGGAAAGUGGACAACCAGGAGAUGUCCAAUCGGAAUCCUCAACCAGCGAGGUGAAAACACACUACACAAAUCUGGAACCGGUGCAUUCGAUUUCAUCGGCCCAAAACUACUACAUCACUCCGGAAAGCUACCAGGCAGCUGGAAGCUAUCCUUACAUUCCGGCCAAGGAAACCGUCUAUUAUCACACGGCCAGUCCCAACGCGGUGCUGUAUAAAAGCAGUGACCCAACGCUUACCUCAUCCUCGCUGAUAUCGGCCAAGCAACUUCAUUAUGGCUCACAGAAUAUCUACGAGAAUCCUCCCACGCAUGCCAAUAGCUCUCCGGGUGCACAGCAAAUGUAUUCCUACUGGAAUGGAAAUAUCGACUACGGCACGACAUUCAGUGGAGCAGUCGUCAUGGAUCAAGGCUCGUCGGGUGCUGGAGAGUACUCCAACAAUGGGCAAACGUGGCAACUCAGUGGAUUAAGUGAUACAUACGAACCAUCGAUUCUUUCGUCGACGGAACAUCGCGAAUGUGUUAACUGUGGCAGUUCCGAUACACCGCUGUGGCGAAGGGAUAAUGUCGGGCACACGCUCUGUAACGCAUGUGCACUGUACAACCGACAAAAUCCCGGUACUAACAGACCGCCGAAUAGAAGUCAGAAAGCCAAACAACCACCGAAAGCCCCAGUACCCGGGAAUCGCAGAACCGGUGUAACCUGUGCCAACUGUCAGACGACGCAAACCACCCUGUGGCGUCGGAACAACCGUGGUGAACCGGUGUGCAAUGCGUGUGGUCUCUACCAUAAACUGCACAAUGUGGACAGACCGUUAACCAUGAAGAAGGAUGGUAUUCAGACGCGGAAACGGAAACCGAAAUCUAGUCAGGCGAUGCCGCCACUCAACGGUAUGAAUAGUGAAAAAAUCCUUCCAUCGAUGGUAGCUUCCCCGCUGCACCCAUUGGGUGGUGGUCAGAAGCUGCUGAUGCCACCGCAUAGUCACCUGACGGUUCCAUCGCAGCCAAUGGAAAUUCAUCCCAGCCAUGUAAUUACGUCUUCCUCGGGAACCGCUCAAGAUCAAAGAUAUGUCGAUAGCACCGUUUCCACGGCUGGCAGCAUGUCCCCUCAUCUACCGAGCAGCAACAGCUUGACGCGGCAUGUUACAACGAGUGUCCCCGCGUUGGAUACCAGUCGAGCAUCGAAUGGCGAAAUCACUAGUGUAAUUACGAGCACUGCGGUUGCGGAACGUGCCAGUAAUUAGUUACUGACUUAAAAUUGAGGUUCGUUUUACGGGCUUUAGAUUAAAAAGAUUACCAAAUAUUUAGUUUACGGAAAGUUGAUUCGGGUUAGUAAUAGGUACAUGAUUUAACCAAAUAGUUUCUAAAAACCUAUUAUCCAACGGCAGGUAAAAGGAAAACACGUCGUUUUCUUUUAAAGAAUGUACUUACAUUGAUGUGAG